AUGGCUCGACUAUCCGACUACCGCCUCCUCUGCUUCGAUGUCUACGGCACUCUGAUCGACUGGGAAGGCGGCAUCCUCGCUGCGCUCCAACCACUCCUCUCGACCAGCAAUGCUGAGUUCUCGCGCGAGCAUCUGCUGACGGUCUACCAGGAGCUGGAAAGCGCGCAGCAGCGAAUCACACCCGACAUGCCCUACUCGCAACUCCUCGCCACGGUGCAUCCCCUCUUGGCCGCACGCCUAGGCCUGCCCGCGCCUAGCGACGCAGACAGUCAGCGUUUCGGCGCGUCAGUGGGCACCUGGCCUGCCUUCUCGGACACGGUGGACGCACUGCAACGCCUCGCCAAGCACUACAAGCUCGUGGUGCUAUCCAAUGUCGACCGGGCCUCGUUCGCGCAGUCCAACGCGGGGAGCCUGCAAGGGUUCCCCUUCGACCGGAUCAUCACGGCGCAGGACGUCGGCUCGUACAAGCCGGACGCGCGUAACUUCGUGUACAUGAAGCAGGCCGUGCAGGCAGAGUUUGGCGUGCGCCCGGAGCAGAUUCUGCAAACGGCGCAGUCGCAAUUCCAUGAUCAUCGGCCAGCGCAGCAGGCGGGGAUCCGAUCGGUGUGGAUUGAGAGGCCUGGAGCCACGAUGGGGAACACGGCCGGGCCCAUCUUUGAUUGGCGAUUUGCGACGCUGGGCGAGAUGGCGGAUGCCUUGGAGCGGGGGGAGUAA